UCAAAUGCGUCGACAUGGCGGACUCGCUUGAAAGUGAAUCGGCAGCAACGCUCCUGAGUAUGAAAGAUGGUUCGCUCAACAGUAAGCAGAAGGCACCACCAGUGGUGUCACGAAAUCCCCCACGUCUGAGGAAAAGGAAUCGAAGAAUAUUCAACGAUUAUGAGGACACAUCGUACACGCUCUCGAGGUCGUCGGCACGCAAGUCUGCUCGUAUUGCAUCACCAGUCUCCCAGAAAACCGAUGACCCUGAAUGGACACCGGAGAAGAGGCCGGGGGGACGGAACAUAAAGAAGGAACCGCCGCCUCCGGUCGUGCUUCCCGACAAGCGCGUCAUCCAGAAGGUGGGGAUUCGUCUCAGGAAUCUGCUCAAGCUUCCCAAGGCACAUCGAUGGGUCUGCUACGAAUGGUUCUACUCCAACAUUGACCAACCACUCUUUCAAGGAGACAACGAGUUCUGUGCCUACCUGAAGCAGUCUUUCCCUCUGCUCAAGACCAGGAAGCUGACACGUGUCCAGUGGUGCAAGAUCCGCCGCAUCAUGGGCAAGCCCAGGAGGUGUUCGCCGUCAUUCUUCGAAGAGGAGAUCCGCUCCCUCCACGAGCGAAGAAACAACAUCCGACAGGUGCAGCAGCGGAAGGUGCUCACCGCGGACAACUUCAGCAACCUGCCCGCCGAUAUACCGCUGCCCCUGGUCAUCGGCACCAAAGUCACCGCUCGCUUGCGGAAGCCCCAGGACGGACUGUUUGAGGGAUCCAUCGACGCCGUGGACACCCAAACUGCGACGUACCGGACGAAGUUCGAUCGCUCCGGGCUCGGUACUCACUCGGUGCCGGACUUCGAAGUUCUGAGCAUCGACCCUCCAGAGACCAUGCCCAAAGCGUCCUUCCUUCAGAGACAACGGCCUCGGCACAUCUUCUAUGUCACUCCUCCCAGACCCAUUCCCUACACCCAGGGGGCACGGCUUGAGAACGACCCGCUGCUGGGAGGUUCUCCGUUGCGGCCCGGCCUCUCUGGCGGCGACGAGACGUCCACCGUGGGCGGCUUUCCCGUUGACUUUCUCACCCUCAUGGUGCAACUCUCCAAAAUCCUGUCUCUAAAGAGAGAAAAGAUUGACAAGCUAAGGGAGCUGAACACACAAGCUGAGAAAAUGACGUCGUACGGUCAGCCCAUCCUCCCCGAGUUCAAGAAGAGGUAUGCGCUGCUGAUCAUGGAGUUUGAAGUGCUCAACAAGGAUCUGCAGGAGUCCCUCGAAGGAAUCCUGGCCUAUUGUGAAAAGAUGGCCCCGGAGCAGGGCCUCCAGUUUGUGAUCCAGCCCCAGGCGAUCCGCAACAAGUGCCUUGAGGAGGCGAGGGAGCUGAUGGAGCGCUGCGCUCCGGCAAGGGCAGUCAGCACGCCGUCUUCUUCACCUUCCUUCUCCCCUUCCCCGGCCGGUUCCAAAGUGAAGGACCUGGUUGCCAAGCUCACCUCAAUCAUGCUUCAGGUCAAGAACCUGGCCCAGGGAGACCUGAAUUCAUUUGAGCUGAAGUCUCUCGGUGAAGCCCUAGCCGACAUCCAGAACGGUCUGGACUCUCGGAACGUAGGGGUAUUCCAGAACAAGGUCCAGAUUCACAUCAACCACAUCCAGAAUGGACUGAGCCAAUUGGGCAACCUGCACGCGUUCACGUCGUCAUCCCAAGACGUGUCGGUGUGACCCCCAGGCGUCGGUCUAGCCGCGUCGACAAAACUUUUGGGUGUGGUUUGGUGCGUGCACGGAUUCACCGAGCGUGUCUCUUGCUUCCUCGCAUACCGGAUGGGUCAGCUGGAUAAUAGGGCCUUUGAAUGGACUGCACAAAUCCUUUCGCGCAACUAGCGCGCUCAACUUUGCCACAGCAGCGAACUGAAAGAGUUGAUUUCUUCUUGUUGCACUUUGUCGGUGUUUGAUCAGGGAUCAAUUGAUUGCUUAGAGUUCAGUGGCGCAAAAGAUUUGGCCGUGACAUGCCAGGUGCAUCGACUUCUGUUAGAGGAGGCUUAUUACUUCAAUCAAAAGAUUUUGUUCGACACAUUCUUCUUUUAUUUUAAGAUGUCAUCGAACGUCACUUGAUAGAGUCACCUGACCAUGUGCUAUCCUGGUGGUCAUGGGACACUAUAAUGCCAUGGAGGACCUAUAAAUGCUACGCAUUUACAGCCGAAUUCACAAACCUCACUCCAAUUGAGGGGCCCCGCCACUACAUCGAGGAAGGCGCGAGGGCCGGCACUGGCUAAUCGCGAAGAGCCUAGGCCACCUAUCCGUCGUCGCGAAUGGCCAGCGCCGUCCCUUGCGCCUUGCUUGUGGAAGGAAAGGUGCCCCUCGAUUGGAGUGAGGUUUGUGAAUUCAGCGGUUAAAGUGACUUUGUGAUGCGCCAAACGAGACAGGCAGUUUUUCUUUUUCAUACUUAUAUUGUUGCUCAAGCUGCUGUGGUCAUUCUGACUCGGUCAAAAUAAGAGUUGUAUGUGCUAAUAGAGUGGUGGUCCUUGGAAAAUUCCGACAGUGGAGGAGGGCAAUAGUCUGGCAACCUGUGAGUUUAACUGUCUGCCACUUUCUCUAUCAGUACUAAACAAACCAAUUGGCAUCUCUGUAAAAUGGCACAUGACUCUUUAUUUUUCUUCACAGUAUUUUAGAGGCGAUAAUUUGACGGUAUCUUCUUUUGUCUCCUGUUUUUGCUGAAUCAGAGGUUGUGGCACCUGGCUGUACGAUUUCUGUUGUUUGACUUUGAAGGUAGGCUUAACUGGAUCAUUUUCGUCAAGGGCAACUCCGCUAAAUUCCAAAACUUUCGGGAUGAUGAGUGAUUUUCCAUUACAAAGCACUAAUAAAAGCCCCUACAUCAUUUGCCUUUGUAAGAAAUGGGAUAUAUAUAUAUUGUUAACUUUUACCUAAAACAUGAGCAGAAAUCGAAACCUAAACUUUGGCUCCGUCUAGCAACCUGGGCCUUGGGCCGCCAAAAACAUGGCUAUCACGUGGCACAAGAUGUCACGUGAUCCUCUACACUAUGACGGUUGGGACUGGGGCGGGCCUGCGGACCACCGUUGGGGCAGGCAUGUGCCAGGCGCAAGUGUCAUCUGAACCGCACUCUUCACCACGUUUUGGUGUCUACGACAUUCGACGACGUCUGCACAACUGCGGCGUCGGUCUGUGCAAGUAGUGGGAACAAAAUGCCGAGAGACAAUAAUUACAAACAGUGAGACGACCACUGCAGUUGUGAGGGGAGAUGGCUUUAACAGCCGGACGGCUCCCAAGAAGCGUGCUACGUGAGUGUGUUGCACCAAUCACGUAGACACUAGACACUGCUAAGCACCGAGAGGAAACAUUGCUGACGUCACCUGUUACGCUUGCCCAGAGAAGUAAAAAGAAAGAGAAAAGGGCAAUUGUGAUGAAGUUUAGCUCAAUGUUGGCUUUGCCAAUGUCAUAGCCUUGGCUGUGCUGUUGGUUGCACCGCAAUUCGCCCGCUAGUCAGACGAUUUCAGCAACUUGGUGCAUUUCAAAGUUUGCCGAACCGUUGAAGAAACAUUGAGACAGAACUAGGUCGUUAUAUUUGAUGUGUGGUCUUCCUGGGUGAUACUGAAGAGGACUGCGUUGUUUUUUUCAAAAACAAAAAUGAAGCGGGGUUGCCCUUUAAUAGGAUAAAAUCAAAUUACUUGAUUUUCGAGGGCUCAAUAUUUUGCGAAGCAAAGGUUGCGGAAUUGUUUCGUGGGCUCGGAAUUUUGUAAUUCUGAGAGGUAUGUUCAGCAUUCAUCACCACGGGGUGGUGUAUUUGCGUUAUCUAUAUUUCACAAUAUUUGCCGAAUUUCGAAGUUUGAGAAAAUUAAAUUGUGUAUGUAUUUGUAACUUUUGACAAAGGCAAUUAGAUCAUCCAAUGUUCGCAUCUGUAAAAGUAAAUCUCAGCAUGGUGGUUUUAGGAACGGAUUAAUGCGGUUCGUUGGAGAGCCUGACCGUCCAUUUGACUCAUCCUGUUCAGAUCAUCGCCCGUGUUCAACAGGCAAUUGCUUUGUGAUCAUGGUGACUGCCCUAUAGACCUUUUCAUCUCAGUAGUUACCUUACCGGUGGACAGAGGGUGCUGACCCAUGCGGCGCCAUAAGGUGGCUUCAAUCUGGUUGGUUUUGGUUUCAGCGGGCUCACGGCUGUGUUGGUGUGUUAUGGCAUUUUCGCUUAGUUUUGUGAUAUAAAUGUAUCCCUUGUGGUACCUUGAGAACUAGGACAUAGUUACAGCCCUAACUUCUGGACGUUUUUACAAAUGCCUUCAUCUGAUCAUGUUCUUCAUUCGGUCAGGUUCGGCGGCGAAACAACUGAAAUGAUGCUGGCUGAGGAUUACGAAUGUCUAGGGCCAUACUGGACUGUCCUGCUGAUACUAGUUUCCAUAAAAAUAAACUAUAAUUAAGAGACUAAUGCUUGGAGGCACAGUGAAAAAGCAGGUCGACAACCUGAGUAAUAAUGUGCUGAAUCGCUAAGAACAGAUGAACUCGCAGGUUUAGUGCUCACCGUUCGCUUUUUGAGUCAUAAGCUGUUAUAAAAUAUAGUGCAGAAGUUGUGCAACUAAUGAUGACAUGCAGUUAGAUACUAAAAUUAAAUAUCAGACGACACUUCACAAAGCAAGAGAAAAAAUUGUGGUGAAACGCGACCAAAAAAACUAAUACAAUGCUUUUGCCAAAGCGCAGAGGGAAAAGAGGAGCGACAAUUUGAAGCCACCUUAUGGCGGCCACGUCACGUGAUUCCAAAACAGCAGCACCCAUGUGACGGAGUGUGAAGGGGUCUAUUAAUUUCUGAUUGUCGCGGUGACACAAAGCAUAUUGUCUAGUUUGUACCUGUGUGCCCCAUUUUCCGUAGUUCAUAGUUCGUGGGUCGUUCUUUGCGAUCCACAGGGGAAGGCGUGGAAUGUCUGUGUAAUGUCUCUUUCCGAUUGAACCUAAACAGAAAAAAGCAACUUAGAAAUUGUUGACUUGCUUCUAAGAAGACUUGCUUCUAAGAAGUUUUGAAGAUCAAGAAGAGUGAUGGGGAUUUGUUUUUAAUUUUAUUUUUUAAACAAACCGUUUGCUUGCAUAUAAACAGGCUGUCCACUGUUGAACUGGCGGCGUCAUUUUCUGGGCGAAGGUUUCAAUUUGUUGUGGCAAUAAAGCUUGUAUUUAUUU